AUGGCCACCAUCACCUGCACCCGAUUCACAGAAGAGUACCAGCUCUUUGAGGAACUAGGAAAGGGCGCUUUCUCCGUGGUGCGCAGGUGUGUGAAGGUGCUGGCUGGCCAGGAGUAUGCUGCCAAGAUCAUCAACACCAAGAAGCUCUCAGCCCGAGAUCACCAGAAGCUGGAGCGCGAGGCCCGCAUCUGCCGCUUGUUGAAGCACCCCAAUAUCGUCCGGCUCCAUGACAGCAUCUCCGAGGAGGGACAUCACUACCUUAUCUUCGAUUUGGUCACUGGGGGGGAGCUGUUUGAAGACAUCGUGGCCCGGGAGUAUUACAGCGAGGCCGAUGCCAGUCACUGCAUCCAGCAGAUCCUGGAGGCUGUGCUGCACUGUCACCAGAUGGGAGUGGUGCACCGAGACUUGAAGCCUGAGAACCUGUUGCUGGCCUCGAAGCUCAAGGGUGCUGCAGUGAAGCUGGCAGACUUCGGCCUGGCCAUAGAGGUUGAGGGGGAGCAGCAGGCAUGGUUUGGGUUCGCAGGGACACCUGGAUACCUCUCCCCAGAAGUGCUGCGGAAGGACCCGUACGGGAAGCCCGUGGACCUGUGGGCCUGCGGGGUCAUCCUGUACAUCUUGCUGGUUGGGUACCCCCCAUUCUGGGACGAGGACCAGCACCGCCUGUACCAGCAGAUCAAGGCUGGCGCCUAUGAUUUCCCAUCGCCAGAAUGGGACACCGUCACCCCUGAAGCCAAGGAUCUCAUCAAUAAGAUGUUGACCAUCAACCCGUCCAAACGCAUCACAGCCGCUGAGGCUCUCAAGCACCCCUGGAUCUCGCACCGCUCCACGGUGGCCUCCUGCAUGCACAGACAGGAGACCGUGGACUGCCUGAAGAAGUUCAACGCCAGAAGGAAACUGAAGGGAGCCAUCCUCACCACUAUGCUGGCCACCAGGAACUUCUCCGGAGGGAAGAGCGGAGGAAACAAGAAGAACGAUGGUGUGAAGAAAAGAAAGUCCAGUUCCAGCGUUCAGUUAAUGGAAUCUUCCGAGAGCACCAAUACCACCAUCGAGGAUGAAGACACCAAAGUGCGCAAGCAGGAAAUUAUAAAAGUGACAGAACAGCUGAUUGAAGCCAUAAGCAAUGGAGAUUUUGAGUCCUACACGAAAAUGUGUGAUCCCGGCAUGACAGCCUUCGAACCUGAGGCCCUGGGGAACCUGGUCGAGGGCCUGGACUUUCAUCGAUUCUAUUUUGAAAACCUGUGGUCCCGGAACAGCAAACCCGUGCACACCACCAUCCUGAACCCCCACAUCCAUCUGAUGGGCGACGAGUCAGCGUGCAUCGCCUACAUCCGCAUCACGCAGUACCUGGAUGCGGGUGGCAUCCCCCGCACAGCCCAGUCAGAGGAGACCCGUGUCUGGCACCGCAGGGAUGGCAAAUGGCAGAUUGUCCACUUCCACAGAUCGGGGGCACCCUCCGUCCUGCCCCAUUGAAGGACCGGGCCAGGGUCCCUGCGUUGUCGCACCGCAGAGAUCCACUCUUUGUCCGUGGAAUGUGGCUGCUGGCUCUCUCUUGGAUUUUGUUGGAAUUCUCCCUGUCCCAGCGCCCCCCCCCCCAUUGUCACCUCUGUACCGGCAUCACGAAAAAAGCCACUGCAACAUCAAAGCAAAUGGCCCGCUCUUCCCAACUCUCACCCGCACCCUCUUCCUGCCAGUGGGGACCUUCUUCAGGCUUCGGUACCCAGGAUGCGGGCCCCAGGAACCCCCACUCCUCAACUACUAUUGUUGGCCUGGCCUAGCUUUGACUGUAGGUGAGGAGGCCCCAGCUGUGUGUUUACCAGGAAGCCAGGAAGAGGAGGGCAAGUGUGACACGGGUCCCCCUCUUCGAUCUCUCCUCUUCUGGGGUCCCCAGGGAAGCAGAGAUGAGCCCCCUCAGUCUCCAAGCCAACUGUUUCUGGGAGAGAGUAAGAGAGGAGCCACUGCCAGGAGCUCCUGCCUCCAACUGCCGCUCUCAUCUGCUCCCCUCCUAUGCUGGCCCUGGGCUCAUCAGACCAUCCACUAUGGGGAAGGGGGUGGGCUCUACCCUUCAGGCACCCCACUCGCUGCCUCAGUCCUUCUGCAAAGUUUGCCUCCAGUGUUAACCUGCCCAAUCUGCCCUCCAACGUCCAUGGAGAAUUCCAGCCUCUUCCGUCUGAGAGGAGAUCGGAUGGUGUUUCAGGGGCAAAGCAAACAACACUUAGGUAUCAUCUUCUACUUGGACGCAUGCCUUUUUACAGCCAAACUUCUGUGUAUUUCGUAACUGGAUUUUGUGUUAACGGAUAUGUAUGUGUAACUAACUAGACCUCAAGAAGAGUUGGAUCGGGUCGGGAAGUGGGAAGAGGGGUGAGGGGAAUUUUUCACUCCGUUCCAGGUUUUUUUUUGGGGGGGG